AUGGUACUGGCAUGGUGGGACGCAUUCUCUUCGCAUGGAUGAAAGGGAGCCAACUUGAUUGUGAUGCCAAACGAUGGAGACUUUUUGCUGACCUUCUGAACGAUUUUGCUAUCUUCAUGGAAAUUGUUGCACCAGUUUUCCCAUCAGUCUUCACUUUAACAGUGUGUGCAGCAGGAGUAUGUAAGUGCAUCGUGGGAGUGGCAGGAGGUGCUACAAGAGCUGCCCUUACUGUGCACCAAGCCAGACGUGACAAUAUGGCAGACGUUUGUGCCAAGGAUGGGAGCCAGGAAACUCUGGUAAAUUUGGGUGGUCUGCUUGUCAGUCUUAUUGUUAUUCCCCAUGUGUCAGAGAAUCUGUGGCUCACCUACCUUCUAUACUUCCUACUGACCUUUCUUCACCUUUAUGCAAAUUACCGUGCUGUCCGUGCCAUUGUCAUGGAGACUUUUAACCAGUCACGACUCAGCAUUGUUUUAAAACAUUACCUACAUGACAGAACAAUUUUAAGUCCUGCUGCAGCCAAUCACAAGGAACCACUUCUACCAGGUCUGGGUACAGAUGUAUCUGUCAGUAUUGGAGUUCCCCUGCAUACCCUAGUUUGUAGUGUUUCCGAGCUGCAGAGCCUUUUGGAUCAGAACCAGUCCUUAUACUUGCUGGGGUGGCGCCAGGACACAGGUGCCCUUGCAGUGGUACUACAUGAGCGAGCAAGGAGUGUUGAUAUGAUACAGGCAUACGUCCAUGCUCUGAUCCUGCAGCACAGAACAACAAGUACAGAUCCUGCUCGCUUCAGCACGCUUGCACAGACGCACGCAUUACUGAAUGACUUAUUCCCAGAGUUCCUGAAGGGUCUGGCUGUCUCGGGUUGGGUGACUGAUCGAAUCCUUUUGGAUGCUGAUGACUGGAGAGUAACUUGGGAUUUACAUAAAGACUAAUAAGAGAAAGAAGCAGGAACUUCACAAGAGACCAUCGCAAGAGAUCACAACUAAGAAAACCGUUGUUUGUAAUGAUAUAAAUCUGCGAGGAACAGAGAUCUAUGAAUGGGGGAUUAUGAAGCUCCAUCUCCCCCCACGUUAGCUCAUCACUUGGGGAGCAGCCAUUCCAAUUACAGAUUGUGGAAUACAAUGGGUUAACGUCCUUACACCCCCUUAUUGAGCAGAUGGUAUAUUCCCUUGGUCAUCGUUUAGGGUUAACUCUGCUGUGACCCAGGUGUGAUGUCAUUUCUACCUGCUGCUUAUACGGGGGAGCUGUAAAUCCCAUAUAAAACGUAGUAAUCAUUUGUUUGCUGGGGACAAAUGACCAAUAGUUCUGCUCGGGAUAUUUCUAAUCAUAUUGGGGAAAUCGUGCAAAUUGUCUUUUAUUAUAUGAGUUAAUUCCUGAAUUAUUAUAGGAAGGAGAAGGUGUAUUUUGGGUAAGUUGAAUAAAAAGCUUUUCAAUUGGU